AUGGUGAUUGAGUCAUUAUCAAUCCUCAAAGAAAAUGUGUGGGAUCCAUACAUGGGACUUGAGGAAAAACUAGAAACAGUAAAAAGAAUGAUGGAAGUGUUGAUUAGUCGAAGGAAGGAUAUCGCGGAUGAGGUAAAAGAUGCAGAGCUCCAUUCGAGUAAAAGAAGAAAGACUGAGGUUGAAAAUUGGCAGAGUAGUGUACAAAAGCUAGAACAUGAGUUUGAAUGCUUUGAGCAAGAAGUAGAACAGAGUUCCAGCUUUUCGCGCAUAGGAUUGUCAAAUCGUGCUGAUAAAAUACAUGAAGAAGUGGAAUAUCUCCUAGAUCAAGGUAAAUUUUCGGAAGGAAUUUUGCUUCAUUUAUACGAAGGGAAGAUGCAGCCGUUGGUGAUGACAAACUUGAAAGGUGAAGCAUUUGUGGAGAGUCUAAGAAAGGUGAUAACGUCGUUGAAUGAAGUUUCAAGUAUUGGCAUUUAUGGUAUGGGAGGUGUGGGGAAAACGACUCUUGCAAUGCAUAUACAUGAUCAUCUCCUCAAAGAAUCAAGAUUUUCGGGUAAUGUUUACUGGAUUACUGUAUCACAAGAUUUUAGCAUUUCUAAAAUUCAAAACAAUAUUGCUAAUACUAUCGGUCUAGACCUUUCGAGUGAGGAUGAUGACAAGAAGAGGACAGCAAAGUUGUUCCAUAGUUUGAAGAGGAAGAAAAGCUUUGUGCUCAUAUUGGAUGAUGUAUGGAACAUAUUUGAUGUAACAAAAGUGGGAAUUCCACUGGAAAUUGGUGGAGGUAAGUUAAUCAUAACUAGUCGAUCGUCUGAGGUGUGUGAUAAGAUUGGCUGCCAGAAGAAAGUAAAAGUAGAAACUCUUUCAAUGACUGAAUCAUGGGAAUUAUUCAUCAGGACACUUGGUUGUCAAUGGGGAGAUCUUUCGAAAGAGAUAGAAGAAAUCGCGAAGAAAAUGACUAAGAAAUGUGAUGGAUUGCCAUUGGGGAUAAUAACUAUGGCUGCAAGUAUGAGAGGAGUUAACGAUGUUUUUGAAUGGAGGGACGCGUUUGAAGAAUUCAAAGCCUCUUGUAUGGAAAUGGAGAAUAUGAACAAUGAUGUGUUUCCAAUUCUCCAGUGUAGUUAUAACAGAUUGAGAGAUCCAAAACUACAAAAGUGUUUUCUUUAUUGUUGCUUAUACCCAGAAGACUACAAAAUUCGGAGAGAUGAAUUGGUUCGCCUUCUCAUUGUGGAAGAGUUGCUUGUCAAAAGGAACAGUAGGAAAGCAGAACUUGAUCAAGGCUAUGCAGUAUUGAACAAAUUGGAAAGGGCGUGCUUACUAGAAAAUGUCGUGAAUGGAAAUGGAUCUCGAUGUGUGAGGAUGCAUGAUUUGGUGAGAGAGAUGGCAUUGCGAAUUGCAGGAGAUGAAAUUAAUUUGAUGGUGAGAGCAGGAGCACAAUUGCGCGAAAUACCAGGGGAGCAAGAAUGGUCAGAGGAUUUGGACAAGGUUUCUUUGAUGAAUAAUGAUAUAAGCAAAAUUUCACAGCCUUUAUCCUCUAUAUGUCCGAAACUUACAACUUUGUUAUUGCAAGGAAAUUGUAGUCUGAGUCAAGUUAUCGAUCCCUUUUUCACGCAGAUGCCUGGUCUACGUGUUUUGGAUUUAAGCUAUACCGCGAUACAUCAGCUGCCUAGUUCUGUGUCAAAUCUAGUAAGUCUCUCUGCAUUACUGUUACGACGUUGUUAUGGACUUAGAUUUGUGCCACCAUUGAACAAUCUGAAGAACCUCAUUGAGUUAGACCUUUUCCACACAAUUAUCCAGGAAGUGCCUCAAGGUUUAGAAAGCUUAGUUAAAUUAAGAUGCUUGGACAUGACAAGAGAUGAAAGAGUUCCAAAGACACUAUCUAAGAAACCAGCUGUGGACAUUUUAGCUAGGCUCUCUAAUCUUCAAUUCCUCUCGAUUCCUUUCGUUGUACGAGUGGAAGACUUACUAGGGAUGAGACAACUAGAGGUAUUUCAUGGAAAGUUUAUUGAUGUUUGUAGUUUUAAUAGAUUUGUGAAAUAUCAACAGCGUUGGGGGAAGCCGAGUUCCUUUGUAAUUGCUUUAGAUACAAAAAGUUCUUCCGAGCCAAUUUUGGAGAGUGAUCAUCUUUCUUAUGAUUUGACCUUUUGUGGUGAACGGGUGAUUCUAAGGCAUCUUCUUCUCACUGGAGACAGCAUAGAGAUGCUACGCUAUGACCAGAUAGAAGAUGAAGCGCGAAAUGUGGCUCUUCUACCAGUAAACAUUCAGGAGUUACUUAUUUCAGAAUGUGAUUUUCGCAUGUUGGGUGAUAGCUUGUUGGAUGCUAUUCCAUCUCUUAUUCAGACCAAAGACUUGAGACUAAUUAAAAUUGGAAGAUGCAAUGGGAUAGAGUUCCUAAUUAGGACAUCGAAUUGUAGCUCAACGAGACAUCAGGGACCCAUGUCUACUUGCAACACACUCGAAACUCUUGAGAGAUUGGUUCUGCAUUGCUUAAAAGAAUUCAGUGGUCUUUGUAAGUUGGAAUUAGUAGAACCUUUGCCUCCUGUUGGAACCUUUUCCCAUCUCCGGUGCCUUGAAGUUUCGUUCUGUGAUAAAAUGAAGAAGUUAAUCCCUAAGUGGCUGCUGCAAUACCUCCAAAAUCUCACAGAAAUUACUGUAAGGAUUUGCGAGGAAAUGGAAGAGAUAAUAGCAGAUGAUGAAGAAGAACAAGUUAAUCAAUGUGCCUCAUCAUCGCCUAUUAUUGUUCUACCAAAGUUGCAGAUUCUUUAUUUACAUGCAUUGCCAGAACUCAAGAGCAUAUACAAGGGUAGAAUGACUUGUGGUUCUAUUCAACGUGUAACAGUUUCGUUAUGUGGGAAGCUGAAGAGACUUCCAUUUACUCUUCCUCUUCAAAAUGGGCAGCCAUCAGCUCCACCAGACCUUGAAUUUAUCAGAAUGAGUGAAAAAUCAUGGAAAGCUUUGGAUUGGGACCAUCCUCAAUACAAGAAUGUCCUCCAUCCUUUUGUGAAAAAAUCAUAG